AUGUGGCGGUCGACGAGGCCGGCAAAACAAAGGACCAGAAAGGCCAGAAAAGGGCCCUAUAGCAGCAGUGCUGCAGCCGUAGCCGUGCGACCCUCCUCCAUGCCACCGAGCCGGCCGGCGAGGGCCUGGGGUUUCGCAAAGCUCGACGGCCAAGGCCGCAAGCCUCUCCAGCAGCAGCAGCAGCAGCAGCAAGAAGAUCAGACGAGUCUAGAAGACCCGCAUCCAGAAAUCGCAAACGAACAACCUCUCCCAGACCAAGAGUCCGAACCAACCCCAGCCGCCACCACGUUGUCCAGCACGCAGAAAAAACGGUCGUCUCGAGCCGGGAAACGAUCAUCGCGGAUCCGCUCAGACAGCCAGACCAGCAGAGACAAUAGGAGUGCAACCCCUUCCCCAACACCUCCCAAGACCCCCGAUUCCCCAUUACCACCACCGGCCUCAAAGCCAGAUCCCAAAAGGUCGUCUCCACUUGAACAAGCCCCUGCUCCUGUAUACAAGCCCUCUUCAACUCCAACUCCUGUACCUGUAACUGUUCCUCCGGAUCAGAAGCAGCAGCAGCAGCCACAGCUCAAGCCAGCUCUGGUACAAAAGCCAGCUCUGGUCCCAGCACCAGAGUCUGAACAGCCAGCUCCUCCCCCUCCACCUCGCAGAACACUUUCCUUCCGGCUCCCAGUCCGAGUAGCAUCAGAUCACCCAAACUCAGAAGCCGCACCCCAAACCCAGAACCGCAGCAGAGCUCUUUCCCUUCCUGAAUCUGAGCCAUCUACCCCCGCAACCCCCUCACACGCACGGAGCCAGUCCUCAUCCGCCCGGCGUCACUCGCAAAACUUCAACCGUUUCUCCCUUUCCUCCAUUGGCGAACUCGCUACUCCGCGUUUCGCGCCAGAGCCGCAAGUCGACCCUAUAAGCAGAGUCUCUGACAGCCCUGAAAGCAACUCUUCCACCAACUCUCCCGCCGAACAGUUUCUUCUCGACCGAGGUCUACCCAUCGACGUUCCGCUCGAAAAAGUCCCUUCGCCUCUCAUCUACCAAUCCAUCCUCGAGUCCCAACUCAACAACUACCUCGCCACAAUGUCCGCCCAGGCCGCCAAGACCCCCGAUGUCGCCACUGCCCAGCAGUACCAGCAGACCCCUCCCAACAUGAACAUGAGGAUGCAGAUGCCUUCCAACGCUCUGAUCCAGCCCGCCCUCCCCGGUUUCUCCGGCACCGCCAACGGCCCCGUCGGCAACCUCCUCCGCGGUCCCGUCUCGGCCGACGGCAAGCUCAAGGACGCCGUGCUCACGGUCGGCAUCAAGCUCGAUCUUGAGGCCGAAGUUCACCUCACGGCCCGCGUACGCGGUGACAUCCUCGUGGGCCUGUAUUAA